AUGGGAAGAGUAGGUGAAUACGAAGUUUUAGAAACCGUUGGAGCAGGUGCGUACAGUAAGGUCAAGCGAGUAAGGCACAUUCCUACUAGGGCAUGUUUUGUUGCCAAAAUUAUUCCGAAGACUAAUCAGGGAGUGGAGGCGGAUGUGAAGGUUGAAAUCUCAAUUUUGCGUAGACUAAAACAUCGAAAUAUUGUUCAACUGGUUGAGAUCUUGGAAAGUCCCAAUAACUACUACAUUAUUCUUGAGCCUGUUUUUGGUGGAGAUGUUUGUAAGCUUAUAUUGUCUCAAGAAGGUUGUCUUGCAGAAAAUGUGGUUGCAGGUCUUUUUUUUCAGCUUGUGGCUGGUGUUCGUGUUUGUCAUCAAAAUGGGGUGGCACACAGAGACUUAAAGCCGGAAAAUCUUCUUUUAACAGAAGAAAAUAUUUUAAAGAUAUCUGAUUUUGGAUUAAGUCGGUUACAUAAGCAAAGUAAUUUCCGUGCAGAAAUUGAUGAAUAUGCUCAUACACUGACAGGAACUCUUGCUUACGUAGCUCCGGAGGUUUUGGGAGGUAAUUAUGAUGCUUUUAAAGCGGAUAUCUGGUCUAUGGGAUGUAUUUUGUACGUUCUUUUAACUGGAUGUUUUCCAUUUGGAUACACAACAGAUGCACGAGAAUUGGAAGAAAGAAUAAGAAUGGGACGUAUUUGUAAGAUGCCUGAUUCAGUUAGUCAGAACGCAAAGGAACUUACUUUAUGGCUUUUGUCACGUAAUGCAGGAGACAGACCUUCAUUGGAUCAAGUGGCUUUGCAUCCUUUUUUAGCGGACCAUAUACCUAUGAAACAUAUUGUUGCAUUGACAAGAAGUAAACCACCAGCGCCUUUGACUCCAAAUCCUGCCGAAUUCAGCAGUGAUAUUCCUGAAGAAGAAAAACAAACAAAUGAAAGGAGUUUAUGUUUCUCUAAUAAAGAAGAAUCAAGGGGUAACCCAUCAAGUUUACAGCAAGUUGAUCUAGUAGGCCUAUCAGUAGAAAGAGAAGGGUUAACACAAAAUGAUAGUACUUCGAAACGUCGGUUUAUACGUUAG